AUGUUUCCAAACCUUCGGCGGCACGUUGCCGGGCACAAGGAGUGGCAGUGGCUUGGAAACACCAAGCAGAGCGAAUUGAAGAGGUGCAUGCACGUUCCAGGUUAUUUGCGAAGUUAUUUGAGUGUAGAGCACGACUGGGCUCUGCCGGGCGAUGUCCUUUCCGAAAGAACUCUCAUGGGCUUUGAAAUGUGCUUGUUGAAGCCAGCCUUCGGCGAGAAGGCAAUGGAAGGCCGAGGAACCGUGAUCAUUUGUCCUGGAGGAAAUUACGAGUUCUUGUGCCCGAAUGAAGGCUUGCCGGUUGCUUCGUGGCUGGCAAGGCAUGGCAUCCAGACGUUGGUCUUACGUUAUCGCCUGCGGCCGCAUUACGAUCAUCAAGACGCCUUGUCAGACCUGGAGGCAGCCGUGCAGUUGGUCAGGAAGCACAAAGAUGGGCCUGUUGCAGCUAUUGGAUUUUCCGCGGGCGGCCACCUGGUGGCCUCAUUGAGUUUGCGGCUGAAGAAGACGCCGUUGGAUGCCCAGGUCUUGGUGUACCCUGCGAUUGAUGGCUCGGAGUGGGCAAAGCCGGGCUCCGCGGGCUUCUGGGAUCCAGCGUGCAACAAGAACAGCGACAAGCUUCUGGAAGGUCAGCAGGCACUCCUAGGAGGACGUGGUUUUGCAGCACCGCCCAGCUUUAUCGUGGGCUCGACAGGGGAUGCGGUUUGCCCCGCCAAGGCCCACACUGAUCCUUACGUAGCAGCCUUGCGGAAGAGGGGCAUCGCGCACGAAUACGUGCGGGGCAACUUGGGAGAACACGGCUUUGGACUGGACCAGUGCUGGAGCAACGCGUGUGCCGCCUGGUUGCAGCAACGCGGCUUUGGCAAGAAGCUCGCGCAGCGCUCAUGGGCAGGCUGCCGUCUUCAACCCACAGGACUUUGA